ACGCGUGGUGCGCAAAUCCAUCGCCAGAGUCCUGACUGUUAUCAAUCAGACCCAGAAGGAGAACUUGAGGAAGUUCUACAAGGGCAAAAAGUACAAGCCCCUCGACCUGCGGCCGAAGAAGACUCGUGCCAUGCGGCGCAGGUUAAACAAGCACGAAGAAAACCUGAAGACCAAAAAGCAGCAGCGAAAGGACCGUUUGUACCCUGCCCGGAAAUACGCCAUCAAGGCGUGA